AUGUUUAUAAAAGAAGUGGUAAAGUAUUUCAUGUCUCGUAAUUUGUCUAUUUACCUUCGUGAUUACAAUAUACCACUUAUUAAUAAUGAAUGUGAAGAUAUCACACAAAAAUAUACAAAUAUUUCGCGAGCUGUACGACUUGAAUGUAUUGUUGUAAUUAUAAAAAUGAUUGUUGAAAAAAUGGGUUGUUCUUGGGAUUUUUUAGUUCAGAUAAAUCAUAAUUUAAUUAUUCUUUUUUAUUAUGUGACACAUUUGUCUACAGAUAUUAAAUGGUUAAUUUCCCUUUUGAAAGACAUUAUGGAUGGUAUUGAUAAAGAAUAUGAAUGUAGAGAAUUUAACUAA